AUGCUCUCGAGAUCCCCUCUGUUUCUGACGGCAUUACUGCCUGUUCUAGUCAGCUGCCAGACUCCUGUAGAGAACAAUCCUCUGGGUACAACCAAUCUCGUCCACAACGGGAGCUUCGCCCAAGGAACUCCUGGUUGGGAAGUCACGCCACCUGGUUCUGUUCGCAAUGGCAUACUCUGCGUCGUUGUUCCCGCAAACACUGCUGCGAAUGCAAGCUAUAUUCAGACUACUCAGAACUUUACCCAGGUUAAGAACGACAUUUACUACUUGAACUUCACCGCCUCGGCAACUCAUGCCACGAACCUCUGGAUCCAGACGAAUGGCUACGACCCUUCUGCUGGUGGCGCUCCAGUCUCUCCAAAUCUUAACACGACUCAAAUUCCUUUGACAACAUCUGCAGAACCCUUUUCACUCAUUUUCUCACCAGCCAAUCAGGAGAACAACUCUACAUUGACAUUCUUCCUCGGUGGAAGCAACUUCACAAACGAGAUAUGUCUCAGCGAUGUAUCCUUGCACCGCAUCAAUCGCCUACCAUACUUUCAAGACACUGGAAGAUCAAUCAAGAUCAACCAACAAGGCUAUCUACCUAAUGGUCCAAAACUCGCUACCGUUGUCUCGAAGAGUAAUGCGUCUUUGACGUGGCAUCUCCAGGACAAUAGUGGUGCAUCAGUCGUAUCUGGACAUACUAUCCCAUUCGGUAACGACACAGCAUCUGGGCUGAAUGUCCAUACUCUUGAUUUCACCAACUAUACCAAGCAAGGCACCGCUUUCACUUUGAAGAUUGCUGGUAAUGAUACCAGCUAUCCCUUCAGCAUCUCAAGUCAGCUAUAUACGACACUCCGCCAAGACUCGAUGCAGUUUUUCUACCAGCAACGUAGCGGUAUUGCAAUCGACGCUGAACUUGUCGGAUCACAGUAUGCUCGACCAGCUGGCCAUAUUAAUGUGUUCCCUAAUCAGGGCGACAUAGUGACACCUUGCCAGUAUGAAUGGGAGUCGAACGUCACAUAUCUCGAACCAUGGACAUGUAACUACACGCUUGACGUAUCACAAGGAUGGUACGAUGCUGGUGAUCAAGGCAAAUAUGUUGUCAAUGGAGGUAUCUCCACUGCUCAAAUUCUGAUGGCAUACGAGCGAUCACUGCACACAUCAAACAGCUCAUUCAAAGCACUUGGUGAUGGGUCGCUAAGAAUUCCGGAACGCUCGAAUGGCUACCCAGACUUCCUUGACGAAGCUCGUUGGGAAAUGGAGUUCAUGCUCAAGAUGCAAGUACCUGCGAAUUCUCCACCACAAUUGUUCAAUGGCUCAUACAUCGACAUGUCAGGGCUUGUUCAUCACAAGAUGCAUGACAAUCAGUGGACACAGCUGCCGACUCCCCCAAACCUCGACCCCAAGCGAAGAGAGUUACACCGCCCAUCCACAGCUGCAACACUUAACAUGGUAGCCGCAGCAGCCAUGAGUGCACGACUCUGGGCUCCAUUCGAUGCUGCAUUUGCCCAGCGAUGUUUGAAUGCCGCUCGCAUAGGGUAUGCGGCCGCUAAAGCCAACCCUACACUCUAUGCUCCAGGCACUGAUUGGGACCUCGGUGGCGGUGCAUACAGCGACGAUGAUGUGAGAGAUGAGUUCUACUGGGCAGCUGCAGAGAUGUACAUUACAACUUCCGAGGCCCAGUUCGAGAAGGAUGUCAUGUCCAAUUACUAUUACACCGCCAACGCAUCCACUCUAUUCCCCGAGGGCGGCUUUGGAUGGUCGUCUAUGCAGUCGAUCGCACAGAUGGAUCUUGCUGCUGUGCCAAACAACAUCACUGGGAGAAAUGCCAUUAUCGAGUCUGUUCUGACAGGUGCUGAUCAAUACAUGGCUAUCCAGAAAACGCAGCCCACCGAUGUCUUUAUCACCUCAUACCCCUGGGGCAGCAACAGCAAUCAACUCAACUGCAUCCAAGUCGUCGCAACCGCCUACGAUAUCUCCCACAAUUCCUCAUAUCGCACAUCGGCCCUGUCAGGCAUGGACUACAUCUUCGGCCGCAACGCAAUCUCUCAAUCCUACGUUCACGACUACGGCACCAAGACUUCUAGUAACAUGCAUUCGCGUCUUUAUGCUGCUGAACUUAGUCGUCUGAUUGUGCAGGAUCCGAUUGUGCCACCNCCACCAAAGGGAGCUAUGGCUGGUGGUGCAAACGAGAGUCCUGCGGAUCCUCCUGCUGAUGAUGUGUUGGUGGGUUGUGUGGGACAGUUUUGCUAUGUGGAUGAUGUGAAUAGUUAUAGUACCAAUGAGGUGGCUAUCAAUUGGGGUUCUGCUUUGGCUUGGGUUGCUAGUUGGGCCGCUGAUCAGUAG